GGCGGCGCCUCCGCGACCGCGGCCGGCGAGUUACCGCCGAGCGAAAAGCACGGCCCGGACGCGGAGGGCGUGUGGACGUCCAUCACGUAUCAACUCAACGAGGCGGGGAUGCGGACGAGGACGGUGAAAAAGUACAAGGAGCACGAGGUGACGAAGAAGGUGACGCCGGGGAUGUUGGAGCGAAAAACCUGGGAAAAAUUCGGCGACGCGAAGCGGUAUAAACCGGGAGAUGAGAGCAUGACGGCGGUGUCGUUAGAAGAGAUAUUUUUGGAGAAGACUCGCGCGCAGCCGAAGAGUGAGCUUGAGAAGGCUGAGGAUCCGCUUGCGGCGAUGGCGAGCGCGCAGACGUCGCUGUUGGUGUGCCGAACGUGCGGAAAGAAGGGCGACCACUGGACUUCGAAGUGUCCGUAUAAGGAUUUAGCCAACGAUGGGAGUAAACCGCCGGAUGAGGAAGGCGGACUUGGGGCGAGAAAGCCCGGGGGGUACGUGCCGCCGUCGAUGCGCGCAGGCGCGUCCGGGGCUGGGGCGUCGAUGGAUCGACGUCGGGACGAAAACUCUAUUCGCGUGUCCAACUUGUCGGAGGAUACGCGCGAGCAAGAUUUGCAAGAGUUGUUCCGACCGUUCGGCCCUGUUACGCGCAUUUACGUCGCCAUCAACCGCGAGACUGGCGAGGCGCGUGGUUUUGCGUUCGUUAAUAUGGUAAGCAAAGAAGACGGCGAACGCGCCAUCGCCAAGCUCGACGGCUACGGUUACGACAACCUCAUUCUUCGCGUUGAAUGGGCGGCGCCGCGC